UAGGCAACAUCAUUGAGGCCACAUCAACCACAAAGGUUUCCAAAACACUUUCAGCUCCGCUCGUCCUCCAGUAAUAGUUUAUUCCGCUUAUUCAGAAUGUUCACAUUCGGCCUUGGUGGCCUCUUCUACGUCGCCGUUCUCCUUAUCAAUGCGAUAGCCAUUCUCUCAGAAGAUCGAUUCCUUGCACGCAUUGGCUGGACAGCUGGCGCAGCAGAACCUGGCUUUGGGCAACGCGACGAUGCGAGCGUAAAGGCACGAUUGAUAAACCUGGUUUCCUCGGUACGAACACUCAUGAGAAUACCGCUUAUGUUCAUCAACACGCUCAUGAUAGUCUACCUCCUCGUCCUCGGGUGAGCACCGCGCAUAUAUAUGAAAACAUUUGAGCAUGGCGUUAUGGAUAGAGCAUCAGCGUAGCAAGAAUUAAGGGCUCAUCGGGACAAGAUGUUGGAGGAAGUCAAGACGUCCGCUUCGCUGCUAGACGCAAUCGCAGGGACAUCAGAGAGCCAACGAACAGCACACUGCCAGAAGGUUCUGGGCCUGUUCGAGACGAUCAACUAAGACCUGGAGCUGCACCAACGCGCCAAAUUGGGAUCAGGGGCAAGUAGGGGCAUGGGUACAUGAAUACAUUGGCAGACAGCACCAUAUCCCCGUAAGGCAAACCGGUAGUAAAAGUCUAUGGAUACUACAACAAUAUACCCAAUUGUGGAUCAAGCAUAUCGUUAUACGCUGCAGC